AUAAAUUAAGUUCAAAUUUUAUAAAUAUAUAAUAAUAAUAUACUACAUAGGUAGUUGUGGAUAUAUUUAACUCGGCAAAUGUAAUUGUUUGAUAACAUGAAGAUUAAAAUUUUGUACAGUCUAGAUUUAAAUCACUUUGAAAAAUAGACAAUUAAAUUUAAUGUUUAUUUGGAAAACGUAGAGAGAAACGGUAGGCUAUAUAGGGACUCUUAAACAUGUGACUACGAAGUUAUACACAUCAUGAAGAUCAAUGUACAACCUGCCGAAACUGGUGUUUAUAAUGGCGUUGAGAAAGCUUCAUUGACUUGGCAAAAUAUUGAUGUACGUAUAAAACCUAAAGGGUGUCUACCAUGCUUUACAUCUGACGACAUCCCUCGGCGAAAGAUCCUACGUAAUGUAAGUGGUCAUGUAGAAGCAGGAACUUUGUUAGCAAUUUUAGGAGCAAGUGGUUCAGGAAAAACAACUCUUCUCAAUACACUGACAUGCCGUACCAAUAAGGACACUUUGUCAGUGUCUGGUGAUGUGCUGGUAAAUGGUGUAAAUGUAGGGAAUGGCAUCAGAAACAUCUCGGCCUAUGUGCCACAGGAUGAUCUGUUCAUGGGAACUCUCACGGUGAAGGAACAUCUUAUAUUCAGGGCAAUGCUGAGAAUGGACAAAGAUUUAACUAAGUCCCAAAGGCUUCAACGUGUUGAUGACGUUUUGAAAGAACUUGGACUCAACGAUUGUGCAGACAGUCGGAUUGGGAAUCCAGCAACAAAGAAAGGCAUAUCGGGAGGGCAGAUGAGAAGAUUGUCGUUCGCAUCAGAGAUACUGACCAAUCCCCCUCUAAUGUUUUGUGAUGAACCGACUUCCGGACUGGACACAUUCAUGGCGGGUAAUGUUAUACAGAGUUUAAAGGCGGAGUCUAAUGCCGGCCGAACUGUUCUGUGUACUAUACACCAACCGUCGUCGGAAAUAUUUGCCUUAUUUGACAAUAUACUGAUUAUGGCCGAAGGACGUGUAGCAUUCAUGGGAAGAUCUCAAGAUGCUUUAAGCUUCUUCUCGAAUGCAGGGUACCCUUGUCCGAAAACGUUCAAUCCUGCAGAUUUUUAUGUACUCACACUGGCGGUUCGUCCUGGCAAGGAGGAUGGUUGCAGGGAGAAAAUCGAGACUAUAUGCGAUGAAUUCGACUCGUCAACCUUCUGUACAAAUAUGAAGAAACAAUCAGAUAACGUUCCCUCAGAGAUAAAUCAUUUACAAAUAAAGGAUAGCAUUUUGAAUGAAGACAGAUUCAAGGCGUCUUGGCCAGUUCAGAUGAGCACUCUUUUAUCUCGUACGGCAAAAACUACUUUUAGGGACACAUUGAUGUUGUCCAUUAGUAUUGGCGAAACUCUUGGAAUGGCCUUACUGCAUGGGCUUUUAUUUCUCCGACGUGACACCGACCAGGUUGGUGUGAUGGAUAUCAAUGGUGCAUUGUUCUUGAUGAUUCUGAAUUUCUCCGUUACCUCCAUGUAUGCAGUCCUCAAUACAUUCCCAAUAGAGGUGCCAAUAUUUGUUCGGGAAUAUUCCGUAGAUCUGUACAGAAUCGACGUCUAUUAUAUAUCUAAAAUGCUUGUAGAGCUUCCGUCGCACCUUAUCAUGCCGAUAGCCUUCUGUUCUAUUGCCUACUGGAUGAUAGGGUUGUAUUCUACAGUAGAAGCAUAUCUAAUCUUCACAGGCGUCCAGACGGUUGUUGCAAAUGUUUCGGUAUCUUUCGGCUAUCUCAUAUCAGCUGGCUCACCAAACGCUGAAGUGGCAAUAGGAAUAGCAGCCCCUGCUGUUAUAUGUUUCAUGAUGUUUGGCGGACUUUUCAUGAACUCUGACUCCAUUCCAGUGUAUUUUGUUUGGCUCGAAUACCUUUCUUGGUUUAAGUACGCAAAUGAACUGGUCACUCUCAAUCAGUGGGAGAACAUUCAAUCUAUAGAUUGCGAUGCACCAGCGGGUAGCGACGAAUGCCUGUUUAGUGAUGGACAGUCUGUCAUAGAUUAUUUUAAUUAUGACAAGAGCAAUAAGGAGCUGGAUAUUAUACUUUUGUGUGUGAUGCUGGUUGGCUUUCGUAUACUCGGGUUCAUCGUUCUCCUUGUUCGUGCAAAGAUGUCCAGACAUUAGAUAGAUUUAAUCAACUGAAAUAUGCACACAGUUUUCGGGUGGCCAAUACAAACACAUAGUCCUGAUUCUGACAAUGAAAUUGGUGAUCAUCAAAAUAUACCUUUGGAAAUGCUAUAAUGUUUAGCUGUUGUGCUUAUUAUGCACAUUUGCUGUUCAUUGCGAGAGAUAUUUAAGCAAUUAAUUGCAUUUUUGUAGGCUUCAUUUGUGUAGCAAAUGCAUUGAUAUUUGUUAAGGUUGUGCUGUCUCUAUAUUAACUGGUUCUUGUCCCUAAUGUUUUAAGCAAAGUAUGUUGUCUUUUGAUGUUUUUGGUGUUUAUUCACCAUCGUUUUAUGCCCCUCUUCCCCUUUUUACAAAUACCUUCCCCACCCUCUUUUCUCUUUUUUUAUUAUCUCAUAUCCCCGCUUUUGUUAUUGUUUCUAUUUGUGGUUGGCCCACUUUAUGAUAUGUGGCAUUCGCUCUGUUUUUGCCCUCGGCGCCUUCAAAGAAUCUAUGCAUACCUUUUAAUUUUUUAAGUGUGUAAAUACCAUGCACAAACACAACCAUGCAUUUCAUAACUAAAUGAAAAUUACACAAAGCUGAUAUUCACAGCUUUACUUUCCCCUCUCAUUUCCAUUGAUUUAUAGAUAGUUUUAGUAAAAUGCUUAUGUCAUACCUCAAUAAAUGAACAAAGCAAACGUUCUAACAUUGCGUCAUGACGCACAGUUCACAUAUAUAAACAACGUCAUAGUUAUGACGUCAUGGUCGAGUUGUACGACCUGUGAUGCACUACAUCUUUGAAGUCAAUAAAAAACAUAGGCAAUGGAAUUCAAAUGAGUUUUUGGUUGAGUUGAAUUUGAGAAAAUACCUAACCGCAUAGCCAUCUUAACAAUUGCUAUGAAUGUCUGUGAGGGCAAUUUGCGAAACAUCAUUCAAUACCGUCUGCCUGUUCAUCCAUUUUACAGAAGUUAAAAGGUCUACAAAAUAUAUCUUCAGUAUUUAGUUCUCCCUUUAGAUAUUUGAUGACAUAUUCUCAUUUUAUUACAAUAAUGUGUUGGUGUAGUACUUGUUUAUAUUAUGUUACACAAUGUUUUUGGAAACAAUUAUAUGUGUCAAUAAAUGUUUUGUUUUUGUU